UAAAAUGUGGAAGUGUUGCGAUUGUUGUGAAGCUAGUAGUGAUGAGCAACAUAGUUGCGCUGAGAAAAAUGAUGAAGAAGCAAAAAUUGGUGGGGAAAUGGAAGAACAAGUUACUGAAGAUGAGGAAACUGAGGAUAGCAUCGAAAUGGAAGAACAAGUUACUGAAGGUGAUGAAACUGAGGAUAGCAUUGAAGAUGAGGAAGUAAUUUACGAGGGUCCUGAAAAUCAAUUAUACUUUGAUUAUCCUAUUAAUCAGGAGAUUCAGAAUAACAAUACUUUUGAACCAGGAGUUUCAGUUUUAUUGGCAAAUACGGAUGAUGGUCAAGGAAAUGUCUGUUUAGCUAAGACAAUCACAUCUUAUCGAUUUAAACCAAGAGAAUUGGCCAUUGGUAACUGUUCGACGACGUUAAAAGACUCAGCCAUAGCAGCUGAAAUGUAUAUACGGAAAAAUCAGAGUGCAUUGAAAUUAACACUCGAAGUUGAUAUGCACCUUCUGGUUCAUUUAUUUCCUUCUGAAAUGCCAAAAUCCGGCUUUAGCGCAGGCUGCGCUAUAGCCACAUCCAUGAUCUCGGCUAUAAAAAAUAUUGGCGUACCAAAUGGUAUAAUUUUAUUACAUCUCCUCCUAAUUUAUAUUACUCUAUAUUUUUUAACAACCUCGAAUUUAGCUAACCCCAAAAUUUUAGACAUCAAUUUAUUUAAAUUUAAUUGGCUUUUAGAUGAGAGGGGCUGCCUAAUUUUUAAGCCCCAAGUUGUAAUUAAACUUGUGAAUGUAUACUAG